UUUUUAGAUGCAAACAAAAGGAUAUCUAUGUCGAACAAAACAAGAGUCUCCCCUGUGCCCCUGUUAAACUGUACGGAAAUGCACGUCUUUCCCCUAUUUCUCUGACCUAUUAUGCAUUUUGCCUGGGAAAUGGACCGUACACGGUGAGUCUCCAUUUUGUGGAGAUAAUGUUCACUGAUGAUCAAACAUAUAGAAGCCUUGGAAGGCGUGUAUUUGAUGUCUACAUUCAGACUUUCAACCCCCAAGAAACAUCCCUGGAGCAGUUUUGGCUGCAAUUGUGGUCGCAGGAGUGAGUAUUGUCGUCCUGAUAUUGGGCAUACUCUGGUGGAGAGGUUACCUGGAAAAAGAAGCUCAUUAGCAAUUGAGCUAAAGGGCUUAAGUCUGCAAACUGGUUUAUUUACCUUGCGCCAAAUCAAAGCAGCAACAGAUAACUUUGAUGCAUCCAAUAAGAUUGGAGAAGGAGGAUUUGGUCCUGUUUACAAGGGCUUUCUAUCAGAUGGCACAAUGAUAGCAGUGAAGCAGCUUUCUUCUAAAUCAAACCAAGGAAACCGCGAGUUCAUCAAUGAGAUUGGCAUGAUCUCUGCUUUGCAACACCCUUGUCUUGUUAAGCUCUAUGGUUGUUGUGUUGAGGGGGAUCAGUUGUUGUUGGUAUAUGAAUACAUGGAAAACAAUAGCCUUGCUCGUGCCUUGUUUGGGCCAGAGGAAUGCCGCUUAAAAUUGGACUGGCCAAUAAGACAGAAGAUUUGUGUUGAUCUUGCCCGAGGUUUGGCUUUCCUCCAUGAAGAAUCAAGACUAAAGAUUGUUCACCGGGACAUCAAGGCCACAAAUGUGCUACUUGACAAAGACCUGAAUGCAAAAAUAUCAGAUUUUGGACUAGCCAAGCUUUAUGAAGAGGAAAAUACCCACAUAAGCACUCGAAUUGCUGGGACCUAUGGAUACAUGGCACCUGAAUAUGCAAUGCAUGGCUAUUUAACUGACAAAGCAGAUGUCUAUAGUUUUGGAAUCGUUGCUUUGGAAAUUGUAAGUGGAAGGAGUAACGCUUCUCGCCGACAAAAGGAAGACUGUUUCAAUCUUCUUAAUUGGGCACAUGUUUUGAAAGAGAAUGGCUAUUUAAUGGAGCUAGUUGAUCCAAGGUUGGGUUCAGAUUUUGACAGGGAGGAGGUAAUGGUGAUGAUCAAUGUGGCUCUCCUAUGCACUAAUCCAUCUUCAUCACCCAGGCCCUCCAUGUCUUCAGUGCUAAGCAUGCUUGAAGGAAGAACUGUAGUUCCAGAGUUCGUUUCUGAUCAAAGUGAGGAAGCAAGUAAGAUGAAGUUAGAGGCAAUGAGACAAUAUUACCGAGAGAUGGAAGAAAACCAGGCGAAUGAUGAGACUGAAACUCAUUCCAAGAGCCUCUUGGGGAUGUCCGCUUCUUCAUCUACAUCAGCUAGAGAUCUCUAUCCUGUUCGCCUAGAUUCUUCCUACUUCGCGAAAAGAAAGUCUCAGAUAGAAGAAUAGGGGAAACCUCAGAUAGAAGAAUCACAGGGAAUUAAAUGGAAUAAAAUAAUGAUUACAAAGUAUUUGUUUGGCAUGCCAUCAAGGAAUUAUGAAAUAAACUUUGUAUUUUAUCUAGAAAAAGUUAAAAUAAAUGUGAAAUAAUCUUUUCAACUCUAUCAAAGCCAAAAAUGAAGGGUAUAGAUGUCUAAAUGUUGAAUCAUAGAAGAUAUAGACGGCCAUGCAUUAAUUCAUGUCAGUUUAAAUCUGUAUUACACAACCAAAGUUAUAUAACAGUGGGGAUUGCCUUAUU